AUGUUGACAUAUAACCAUCCACUUCCUCCGGAUUGGUACAACGAUAGGGUGGAGGAGCAUUUACGACUUACCGGUUUCUAUCAUGUAUCUCAGAUUGGGAUAGUGCAGUGUCAGAAAGCAUUGGUAAAUGCUCUAAUCGAACGUUGGCACCCAGACACACAUACGUUUCACCUUCCCAUUGGUGAAUGUGCCGUGAAUUUUGAAGAUGUGGCUCUAAUUCUUGGUCUUCCCACAGAUGAUCUUCCAGUCACAGGGAUGACAAUGAGUAGUUUUGAAGCCAUGGAGGUGGAGUAUGGUCCACUAACACUUCUGCUCGGUUGGGCUUGGAUGCGACUGCCAUAUCUAUCGCCGCUUCCUAGAGAAUCCCGCAAUUUUUCGCUAGCAAACAGGUGGCGUAACUGGGAGCGUGGUGACCGACGAUAUAGAUAUCUGAAGCUAGAUCACUUUAGGAAGGCCUUUGAUGAACUUCAGGAAGGCCAGUUUGCCUGGGUUGCUUAUGCUGUGGAUCGUGUGGAUCCGAACAUAAUUUCUGUUGAAAUCUACAUGCAAUCGGUUGUCUGGAGCGCUACAGUUCCAUUGGUGUCAUUUGAAUGUAUCGAGUGGCAUGCCACCGAUAGGGUUAGGCGACAGUUCGGUUUCGUUCAGGGAGUACUUAAUCAGGAGCGGAAUCUGGAUAAGGCGCAUGGAGAGGUUCUGACUGGUCCUAAGAAUCUUAACUGGGCCACGGCACCGAGUCAUUUAAUUUGGGUGAUGCAUUGGACAAAAAGGUAUCACUACGUUCUUUCUGAGCUUCCCAUGCCUUCACAGCAUCCAUUGAAUAGUUACAUGAACUGGUACCGAGCAAAAUUUGGGGACCGCUUAGCCUUGUCGAAUCUUGUGGGUGAAGAGAAUGAUGAAGGUAACCAGGACAUGGAUGUGGGUAAUGAGGAUAUGGAUGAGGGUAAUCAGGAUACCGAUGAGGGUAGUCAGGAUAUGGAUGAUGACAAUGAAGAACAGGAGCCACAUAUAUCACCUCCAAAUCUGCUUCCACAAGAUAUAUCUCAGUCCUUAACCCAGUAUCUACCUCAGACAUAG